AUGACGGACAGCCUGGACCCCUCUCUUUUGAAACUGUACGAGCCUUUGCGGAAGGUGGGCAGCGGCGCUUACGGGCACGUCUUCAGGGUCCAGGACCGUAAGACCAAAUAAACCUUCGCCCUUAAGAAGAUUUUCGACGCAUUCCAGCACAGCACUGACGCACAGCGCACAUACCGCGAGAUCAUGUUCCUCCAAGAGAUCUCCCACCCCAACAUCGUGCGCCUGCACAAAACCUUCCGCGCGCGAAACGGCAAGGACGUUUACAUGCUCUUCGAGUUCAUGGAGGCAGACCUCUACCGCGCCCUGCACGACCGCAUCCUCGAAGAAGUUCACCACCGCUUUAUCGCCUACCAACUCUUCAAGGCCAUCCACUAUCUCCACUCAGGCGAGGUCAUCCAUCGUGACAUCAAGCCCUCCAACGUCCUGCUCAACGCGGAAUGCACUGCCAAGCUUUGCGACUUCGGGUUGGUGCGCUCUCUGACACAGUGCAACCAGAGCUAGGCGGUCAUGACCGAACAUCUCGCGACCCGAUGGUACCGUGCCCCGGAAAUCCUUUUGGGAAGUCAAUCUUAUGGCCGCGGCGUUGACAUCUGGUCUCUCGGCUGCAUCCUGGCUGAAUUUUACCAUGGUGGCAAGCCCCUAUUCCCUGGCAACUCGACUGUCGAGCAACUCGAACUCAUCAUCGCUGUCCUGGGCCAGCCGUCUGCCCAAGACGUCGCGGAUAUCGGGGCAAAGGCAGCCGAACAAGUGCUGGCAGGGUUAUUAACACCCGAACGGAAAAGGCUCAGUGACCUGCUGCCUAGUGCCCCGCCAGACGCUAUUGAGAUCAUCCGGGCAAUGCUCAGUUUCAGCCCGCUAAAACGGCCGAGCGCACAGUCACUGCUGCGCUCGGCCUUCGUGAGCCGCUUCCGCAACGAAAAAGAUGAGCUAAUUUGCAAGGAGCCGAUCCGAGUGCCAGUGCACGACAGCGUCAAGCUGGGGCUCAAGGAGUAUCGCAAUCUGAUUUACGAAAGCGCGGACCGCAGCCGGCUAACCGAGCGCGAGCUGCUGCGAGAGGAGCGAAGCACCCGCUGCGAGUUCACAGUAAGGAAGCACGUUUUCCGAGGCGAAGAGAGGCGGCACGGCGUAUAUAAGCGCAAGCAGACCCUGGAGAAGUAG